AUGUUCCUACAUGAGCAUGAACCCAAUUUUGCUGGUUCUGUCAAGGCCACCAGGAAGGUAUUCGAUGCGAUGUCGUUUUGUGACUCAAUUUCUACAUAUUGGGAAACGCGCACACUCGCCCAAGAUUUAGUGUCCCAGGUAUGCGCUCGUGCUACAAUGUUUUACAAUUAUAAGGCUAAUAGAAUUGCUCGUGGAUUCUACAAGUAUAUUCGCCCGAAAUGGUUCCGGUUAUAUACCCAAACACAGUCUCUCAGGGAAGAGUUAAACGACGUAAUGAAGUCUUCUGGAUCAUCUGACUUACAUUUUGGUGAAAUAGACGUUCCUUAUCUAUUCUUAACGAAGUCAACACUCACGGGAAGCCAAUAUAGGCUAGUUAGUUACCUCGCUAGGCCGUGGAACUUUACCUGGGAAACUGAUAGGUCCCUUUGGGAUCACAAACUUUCAGCACUCGAUGCGGCAUACCGUAUGGCACAGUUAAGGGAACGCAAUAAUGUUGGCUUGCUUUUACAAUCUUCGCAAGAAACUGAUGAAGAGGAUGAUGGGUUAUUUAUCGUAGAAGAUUCAGAGAAUGAGGAUAAUAGUGAUGAUAGCUUCAAUGAUCCCGUUGUGUUUGAUUAA